GUCAAACGAAAUUGAUAUAAAUAUUCAAAAAUUUAUGUUUUGUGUAAAUUCUAAGAUGUAUGUACUGAAACAUUUUUUGUCUCUUAAACAAAAUUUCAUACUAUUUUCUUCUUUCUUGAUUUCAGUGAAGGACUCAAAAUGCGAUUAUCCAGCAGCAUGCAAUGCAAUGGAGACAUUGUUAUUGCACCGAUGUCAUUUAGAAAAUAACUUUUUUGUUGAUAUUUGCAAUUCUUUAAAGAAAGAAGGGGUUAAUAUUUAUUCAGGACCUCGUCUGCAUAAUCUUUUGACCUUUGGCCCACCUCCUGCUAAAUCAAUGAAAAUUGAAUAUGGAUCUCUGGAAUGUGCUGUCGAAAUAGUCGAUUGCGUAGAGUCGGCUGUCAGUCAUAUCAAUACCUACGGAAGUGGUCAUACAGAUGUGAUAGUCACCGAAGAUGAGGGGGCUGCCCAGAAAUUCUUACAAAGCGUCGAUAGUGCAUGUGUUUUCCAUAAUGCCAGCACGAGGUUUGCUGAUGGUUAUCGGUAUGGGCUCGGUGCUGAAGUGGGCAUUAGCACUAGCCGUAUUCAUGCAACAGGACCUGUGGGAGUAGAAGGCUUAUUAACGACAAAGUGGGUGCUAUAUGGAUCUGGAAACACAGUAGCAGAUUUUAAUAGAGGGAAGAUGAAAUAUAGUCACGAGCCCCUGCCUUUGGAUUCAUAAGUGAAAAAUCUAUUCUUGAGAGAAGAGCAUCUGAUCAUUGUUCACAUUUUAGCUUCUUUCUUAAGCACUGCUAUAAGCUUAUAAUUCUGCUUGAACUGCAUCACAUGCGUAAAGCAUUUAUAUUUUUUUAUUGCAGAAUAUUCGCCUGAAACUUCAGGUUGAGUUUCAAUGCCUUAAUAUGCUUUUGUAUAUUUAAGAAAUAUAUUACUUUAUACAAUGCA